CGGCGAUUCCCAAGUGCUCUGGCUGUGGCGACCACAUCUACGACAGGUUUAUCCUGAAAGUCUUGGACCGCUCCUGGCACUCCAAGUGUCUUAAGUGCGCCGACUGCAUGGCUCAGCUCAGCGACAAGUGUUUCUCCAAGGGGGACAAAGUCUAUUGCAAGGACGACUUCUUCAAACGUUUUGGUACAAAGUGCGCCAGCUGCGACAAAGGUAUCCCGCCAACAGAAGUGGUGCGGCGCGCACAGGAGAACGUCUACCAUCUCGACUGUUUCGCGUGUCUGAUGUGCGCAAGACAACUCAACACUGGGGAUGAGUUCUACCUCAUGGAGGACAGAAAACUCGUCUGUAAGACAGACUACGAGGCUGCCAAAGCGAGAGAAUACGAAAUGGACUCGUCAAACAAACGCCCUAGGACAACAAUCACGGCCAAACAACUGGAGGCCCUGAAACGAGCCUACAACGAGAGCAACAAACCCGCUCGUCACGUCCGAGAACAGCUGAGUGCCGAGACAGGCCUAGACAUGCGCGUUGUACAGGUCUGGUUUCAGAACAGACGAGCCAAGGAGAAACGGCUGAAGAAGGAUGCAGGCAGACAAAGAUGGAACCCUUACUACAGACAAAUGAAGAGGGAGGGUGAACAGGAUAGCAGUCUUAGUGCAGAUGAAAGGAGUGAUGAUGGUAAGCACGAUGUCAGGCUGAACAAUGAGACAGGGAAUUGUGUCUUCAUUGUCCUCUUCUUAAGCUUCUUUUUUUUUCAUCGAAGCUUAGAUGACCUUGACAGUGCUGGAGGGCUGUCCGGAGGGCGCAUGUCAGGAGACAACUACAGCCUAGACUCAGACCUCUCUUUAGGGCCCAUAGGAUCAGGACCGCCCGGAGGCCCCAACGACGGACCAGGUCUCGAACCGUGGUCUCCUUACAGCAGCCCUUUAGGUCCCAACGUUCCACCACCACCUGCUCACGGACCUUUGUCAGGCAACGGACCUCUCGGCUCCAACAUAAGCCCUGGGUCUAUGCCGGGCGGCCCACAUCACUUUAUGGGCCGCCAUUCUCCGGGAGUCCCGCUCUCCCAUUCACAGAUGAUGCCGUUGGACGCCAUGUCCGGCAUUCCUAGAUUACUUCCUGCAGGGGAAGACAACUCUCAAGGAUAUAUGGAUUAUCCUCCUUCAUCUAAUCACAACCACGUAGAAGUUUACUGA